CCAAGACUUUGUUUCUCCAUACUCAGAAAACCUCUGCUAAACCCCGCCUCCUCUCAGACGGUUCUCCGCCGUCUCUCCGGAAAAACCGGCGACGACGAGUGGAAUGUCGCGUGGGAAGCCGCCUGGCUGCCGGAAGAUCUCUCGGGCAAGAACCGAGCUCCGUGGGAGACCGACGUCAACUUCUCGCUUCCGAACGACACCUCCUCCAGUGAUUCCCAAGCUCUUCUCCCGUUGGAUGCUGACGCCGAAACUAGGGCAUUCGUGGAGGACAUGAACGACAAUUGGGAUCAGAGAAAGGGGAAAAGUCCGAAAAAAAGUUCAAACGCUGAUGAUGUUGCAGCUAAGAAAGCUGAAGAUGAGACUUCACUUUACAGUUUGGAGAACAUUAGGAAGGAUAUAGGGUUAAGAAACAGAGAAUACAUGCUGGCCUGUGGGUGAAGGAGAUUGAGAGGAUGGAGGAAGCUAAGCUUGGAGGUGAUUCAGGCGAUGCUGACGAUAUCCAAAAGUUGCUGGAUAGUGCCUCGGAGAUAUUCGACUUCCCCAAUGAUGACUUGAAAAGGAACAAUCAUUUACAAGUUUCUGGUUCUGAUAUGAAAAACAAGCCGGAUGGCUGGGAAACAACAUCAAAGAGUCUGGAUGGGAACAUCUGGGAGAUGUCACAGAGAGAAGAAGAUCUUUUGCUUCAAGAAUUUGAGCGCAGAAUCGCGUUCAACAAGUUCCAGAUAGCGAGUUUUAUAAAGACGCAUAUAUUCAGUCGGAGGAGGCCAAUCGAUGGGUGGAAGUACAUGAUAGAGGAGAUUGGACCAAAUGCAAGGAAAGGAGGGAAAGGGAGUGUUGCCAGGUUACCCACUUUAGCUGAUGCAUCCACACAGCCCUUUCACCAAGAGGAGACAACAAUACAUAAAGCUGAUGUCAAUAACCCCCUUUAUCAAAGAAGAAGGACAAGGGGGGAUUAGUUCUUCUAUUACAUUCUUACCUAUAUCAUCCAUUUCUGUAAGAAAACUCAUUUGACUCCUUGCAAUCAUAUAUUGGUUUGAUAAAUUCUCUUUUUACCAUCCUAUGAUUACAUUGAUGUCUCAAAUUAAUUGUUGGAGGAUGCUUUGAUCAUGGUGAAGGCAUAUGUUAACCAUGGUCGGACACCUGUUUGAGUGGUCGAAAAUAAAAACUUUUGUUCUCU